ACAUCACCCCUUGUUAGUAUACGGGUAUAUAUACUUGAUCGUUUGAAUAACUCUUCGUUUAACACUCUCUUUUAUGAUUUUCUUUUGAACAGGUAUAUAGAGAGGGCUGACAUAGUUAACGUUGCAUUCAUAUUUAAUCUAGUUGAACUGCCGCCUAUAAUAAUAACAUCAUUACUCGUAUGUAUAGAGAGAUCAUAUAAUUAUCCGACUUGAAACAUUUAUUUUUUUUUUGUGAAUUUUUGGGCAUCAUUUUCAGAUAGAGAGAAAUCUAAAGGGGGCGUGGAAUUACAUAAUAAUGGAUUUAAUUAGUGGCUUUUAUUAUAUAAUAGUGUAUAUGGCGAUUUUAAAUACUGUUAAAAUUGAAGGAAUACCAAUAACAACAAAGGAUGAAAGCAGUUCCAAUAAAAGUGUUGUAGGAUUAAUAAACGGAAGCAAACAAGACAUUGGUGUUGCUCAGAUUUCUGAAGACAACGUUGGACUAGAUGCUAGUACAGAGAGCCAGGUUCAAGCCGACGGUGUAGAGUUAGAAGAUCCAACUGCGAGAAUAAUAGUCACGGUAAUGAAAAGAUCUAGAAGAUUCUGGGAACCAUGGGAACUAAAUUAUAACGUCUGUCCACCAUCAAUUUGUACUGCAAACGAAGAGCAAAGACCAAGAGGGACAGGUGGUUCCGUGUUUUACAAUGGUGACAUUAUAUUGGACAAGGAAUCCGAAAAGAUUAUUUAUGGUAACACUAACAGUAUACGUUUACGAUAUAAGAGGGCCACCAUGCGGAGUUCUAGGACUUGGAGGAAUGCAACUGUACCUUACAUGUUUGCAAGCGACAUAGCAAAAAAGUCGAGGUCAGCUAUAAGGAAAGCAAUGAGAACAAUAGAAAAGCAAACCUGUAUUCGCUUCAAGAAAAGAAAAUUAAGAGAUGAGGAUUAUGUCCGAUUUAUCAGCGAACCUGGUUGCUGGUCAAGUGUGGGUCGAGUUGGUGGUGAACAGAAGGUCUCUAUAGGUCUCGGGUGUGAGAGAUUAGGUACAGCUAUACACGAGAUCUCGCAUGCUCUGGGCUUUUGGCAUGAACAGGCUCGACCAGACAGGGACGAGUAUGUUAGAAUCAUAAAAGAGAAUAUUUCGCCGAGAUAUUUACCAGACUUUAGCAAGGCAAACAAGACCUUGGUGACCUCCCGAGGAUUUCCAUACGACUACGAGAGCGUGAUGCAUUACAGCAAGAAAGCUUUCACAAACCUUGGAGAUGACACAAUAAAGGUGAUUGGUAUAGGAAGAAAGUUGAAGAUGAGGAUAGGACAGCGGGAUGCUCUCAGUAACAUAGACAUAGCACAGCUUAAAGACAUGUAUAAAUGCAAUGACAAGGAAGACAGUUUAGUUACAUAUUGUCCGAAGAACUGGAUUAAAAUUGGCAGGAAGUGCUAUAAAUUUGAAGACAAAGGAAUGGAGCAGUUUUCUGGGGCAGUAAAGAAAUGUGAUGAGAUGAACUCAAAACUGCUUUUUAUAGAUGACGCAACAGAAGAUGCGUACAUUAAACGUUAUAUCAAGAAGAAAUAUCCUGAAGUAAAAGUAUGGCGAACAGGCGGACGAAUCAUGAACGGCACAUUUGUCUGGUAUACAGAGAACAAUCAACAAGAGAUGCAAUAUACUAACUGGAAAAAGGGCCAUCCGGCAACAUAUAGUUCAAUGGCGCUUGUGUAUAACAGGAAGAAAGAUAGGGUGCGCUGGGAAGGGGUGUGGCUCGGUUCCUACACCCAGAUGCCAGAACAUGCAUAUGCUUUCAUAUGUGAACGGAGAGCAAGACGCAAAUGCAUUCCGGGAGAGUUUCCCGACGGACGAGAUUAUCGUGGUACCCUAGACCACACUAUAGAUGGUUAUACGUGUCAGAAAUGGUCAUCACAUUAUCCCUGGGCACAUACACUUUUACCAUUCCCGUACGAUGAUAAAGAAAACAGACAGGACGGUUUAGGGGACCAUAAUUACUGCAGAAAUCCCUCAGGUGACAGAAAGAGCAGACCUUGGUGCUAUACCACCAAAAGUAAAUAUAAAUGGCAGUACUGUGACGUCAGUAUAUGUUCAAAGAGUGCAUCGUACAAAAAGAAUAAUAGAAAUACAAAUCCAAGGAGAAAUACAAAUAAAACAAAUUCUACAAAUCCAAGGAGAAAUACAAAUAAAACUGAUUCAGGCAGUAGGAAUCAAGGUGAACAAAAGCAGAAUGAUGGAAAAGGAAACAAUAAUACAAACAGAAGGCAAAACAAUUCAAACAGGAGAACUAAUGACUUACCUGAAACUAGAGAACUGUCUAAUGGAAGGAAGGGAAGUUCUAAUAGACAAACAAAUAAUCGUAGAGAAAAUGAAAAUACUAAGAAAACGUCUAAUAGAAAGGAUGGUGGUCGAAAAGGCUCAAGACGCGAUAGAAAAUCUAGAAGGCGUAAAAAUCAGCAAAGCGGACAAAACACAUUGAAUAAACGACAUUAAACCAAAGGUGUGUUAAAAUUUAUUUGUGCAAAUGUGCCAGUUACAUAUCGUAGUCCAUAUGUGACACGCAGUAGAAAGCACUAAGUGUUUACAGCUAAGAUGAAGUACACGGUGUCGUUACGUAUCUUAAACAAGAUGAAGAUUUUCAACACCUUCAGCACAUCCCUUCGUUGUUUUUACAUACCUAGUGUGACCUAUAAUGUAAACUCAAAUGAAUGACGAAUACAUUUAUAAAAGCCAUUUUGUCCGCAAAAAAAAAAUGAAAACUGAAAGUGGUGGUGACAAUGAUGACCAAAACCUUCUACAUUUUACAACAGACUUGGUUAUCUAUGACCUGUUGAUUUUUUGCUAAGUUUACGGGACGGUAGGAAUGUUAACAAGUCACAUAUUUAAUUCCUGUCUGCACUGAAGUACACAUAUUACUAUUAUUUUGGAAACAUUGUUAAAAUACUCCUUUUUGCCAAAUAUUAGGGGCCAGUAUGUUUAUACACGUCGUUGUGUUGUUUAUAUAUCGAAAUCUAUACCGUUUUCCAUAACCAUGUUUAGCAAACCUGUAUUCAAGUAUCGUUUCUAAAUGUUUAAAAAUGGUUCUGCUGUAUACUAUUUCUUAAUUAUAUAUGUUAGGGGCAUUCAAACAGUUCCGGGAAAAAUACUUUCACAAACUUUUGGCUUUAAAUUUUACAUAUCAUUUCUUGUAGAGAAAUUUUACAGAAAAUUUGUGAACCUCGGUCACAUGUUAUGUUAAACUUCCGUUGCGUUGCGUUUAAAGUAAAAAGAAGUAGGUUAUAUAAUAGAAAUACGUUAAUUGUCACAACUACUAACUAACCAAAUGAAAUAUGUUACCUUUAGAAUUCAUCCAUUUGUAAAAUCAUGAUAUAAUUCAUGAGGCGGAGUUUGUUAGAUCUUUUUUACAAAUAUCUGUUAUUUUCUUUGAUUAUGAUUGUACACAUGGCUGUUGCCGAGAGGAAACUUUGUUUACAAAACAAUUUCAGAAUUUCGUGGUCGUUAUUGUAAUACAGGCCAAAAAAGGUAAGAUUUGUUUGCCAACAUCUUAUCAGAUUAUAGUUAUUGAAACAUUUUUGAUAUUUCCAAUUUUCUUCUGUUAUAUUGUAGUCACUACGUUUUGCAUAUUUGUUUAAUGUUUUGUGGAGUAUAUGCAUAUGAACACACAUUUAUAACAUUAUCCUUCUUUUAAGCAUGCAAAAUAAAUGCUGUGUUCUUCUGUAGGUAAAGGAAUUCCUCGUAACUAUACUGAUGUCAUCACAUCUUACAAUUGCAAAAUUUAUUUGAAUGAAACAAGAAACCCAUUAGAGGAAAUAACGAAAAACACGUAUACGGCUUUUUAUCUACAUGUCAAUGUGAUUUCUUUGCAAAUGAUUUACACAAUAAUCACAAGUUCUCUAACUGUAGUGACAUAAAAAUUCUUUUAGACUUGUCAAAAUGUUUAACAGCUAACCUACCCAACAAGUAUGUGGCAGUAGAUUCGUCAUGCGUGUUCAGACAGUCUUCGCAAAUUGCUUCUGGUAUCAACGGAAAACGAAUGCAUUUCCGUUUAUUUUUAUUCUUAUUUCAUGCAAAUUGUGUAGAAUUAUGAUUAUAUGAACCAUUUGCUGAGAUCACCAUGGAGAUAACGUGUGCUUUACUUCCUCUACUGUGUUUCUUGGUUCAUUCAAGGGUAUGGCUGAUUAUCAGUAAUUAUACUACGCAGCAAAACAAUGAUAUGUAUCUGAGAAACAGGCUAUGUUUAUAGAAUAUAAUUGAGCCGUGCCAUGAGAAAACCAACAUAGUGGGUUUGCAACCAGCAUGAAUCCAGACCAGCCUAUUGGAAUUAGAGAAACUGUUAGCGAACAGCAUGGAUGCGCAGGCUGGUCUGGAUCCAUGCUGGUCGCAAAGUCACUAUGUUGGUUUUCUCAUGGCACGGCUCAUAUAUUAUCCAUUUCAUUCUAACAAUUCUUCAGAUUAGAUAAUGCACCACGAAAUUAGAAUGUCUGAUUUUAUAUUCCCUGAUCACCAUUUAACCUUAAGUUUGCAUACCAUGUAUGCGCACAGUUAAAAAUAAAUCGUUGA